AUGGCAGAACAGAUUAGUCACAAAAAGUCCCUGAGGGUCAGCAGUCUGAACAAGGAUAGAAGACUGCUCUUAAGAGAAUUCUACAACUUGGAAAACGAACCAGAUAAAGAUGGAAAAGAUGCACGUAUAGGAGAAAAAGUCAGCAAGGCUCACUCUGAGGAGGGGCAAGUUACAGGUGUGAAUGUAGAUACUGAAGGAAACACUGAGAAACCGGUGAAAAAGGAUGAAUUAAGUGCAGCUGAAGAGGACCCCAAGGAGGGGUCAGAAGAUGCUGAAGAAGAGAUAAAAAACCUGCCCUUCAAGAGACUGGUACAAAUUCACAACAAGCUCUUGGGCAAAGAAACUGAGACUAACAAUUCUAUAAAGAAUACCAUUUACGAAAACUAUUAUGACCUAAUAAAAGUCAACGACCUCCUCAAAGAGAUUACAAAUGCCAAUGAAGACCAAAUUAGGACGCUGAAGCAAACUGUGGAAUCUUUAAUCAAGGAACUGUGA